UUUGCGUUCAGCACAUCAACCACUGCAUGCAAGGUACUAUGCAAGUACCUUGCAUAUACUAGUAUUUUAUAUAUUAUAUUUUUCUGAUGCUUACAGUUUUUGUUGUUUUCAUACUGGUUUAGUAUGAUUGUUUCUCAAUUGGCAACGUGUCAUUAAAGCUCCAGUGUGCAUGUUGGAAUUUUGAAAAAACUUGGAGCCGAGAAAGAUCACAGCAGUUUUAAAAUUUAGCAACCAAAGCUUUGCUAAUAACAAAUGUGGAACAAUAAUACUUCAGAAAUCGAGGAGUACAUCACAAAUGCGACAUCCAGCCAAAAAGGUGUGAACACGGAUCGCGUCAUCGGGCUAAUGUUCUCGUUCACGGCAAUAUCCUGCCUCGCCACAUUGCUAUUUAAUUCCCUAAUCAUCUUAGUGUUCCUCCGCUAUCGCCACGUCCGCACGGCUUUUAAUAUGUAUGUGGCCAACCUGUGUAUUUUGGAGUUUUCACUGGCUAUUACGUCGAUGCCGGGAAAUUUAAUUAGAGAAUAUUACGGCUACUGGCCGUGGAAUGAUUUCCUCUGUGGGGCGUUUUUAUAUUGUGACGUCAUAUUCAGUGCGGCGGUGCGCUACGGCCAUGUCCUAAUCGCGAUAAAUCGGUUGUGGGCAGUGACCUUCCCGGUAGCUUACAAGGAGCGACACACGAAAAAGUUGGCGGUAAUUUUGAUCGCCGGUUCAUUUGCUUUCGUCAAUAUACUGAAUUUACCGGUGAUCAUUCGGGGAAGAGUUUGGAAGGACCCGUACGACAUCGAGUGCUUAGUUAAUACAAGUGUACAGUAUUAUUCGGCACUUUUUGUGGAGAUAUUCAGUUUCACAAUAACGGAGGUAAUGGUGUUACUGCCUUGCCCAUUUAUUUUCUGGAAACUACACAAGAAGCGUUUGCGACCUAGCGAGAGCGGCGUUAACCUUAAUCCUUUAGAUUUUGUUUGUGCUACAAAUUCCUUUCCGGAUCCUCCAGUUGCUGCUUGCCGGAAGCGUCGCUCUGUCAGCAUUUCCCUGGAGCUGGACCACGAAAUUCGCGUUUACAGAAUCACGGCGGAAAGCAAAAGACGCAAACUGUCAAGUAUGAUCCGCGCCAAGCAUGCGAGAACCAGUUCCCACAAUCGCAUCUUGCUGUACCUUGUGUUGACCGUCAUUGUCUUCUGGACACCUAAUCAUGUCUACUGGAUCAUGGUGUAUACGACGAAGUACUGGAACGCAGUAUUCUUUGCGGUGCAGCAGUUCUGCAUUUUGACCAAUGCCUGGGUUAAUCCGUUGCUGUUUUAUGUUGGUUUGGGCAAACUGCGCGCUGCCAUUAACGAUCUCGUUAAAGCAGCAUUUUACAAAUGUCUCUGCUGCAGCAAAGGCGAUUAACGAAAGACGUAGUAAUAUGACACUUAUCGAGAAUAAAA